UAUUGAGUUGGUUUACCUGUUCGUGGAGAAUAAUCUUCUUGUUUUCUUUUUUAAUGUUCUUUUAAGAAGUUUUAUUGUUUUGUUAUUAUUAUUCUCUCUUUUACUCUUUUUUAGAGUUUUUUCUUAAUAAAAAAGUGGUUUCUUCAUAUAAAAACAAACCCCACGAAGAAAUGCCUACAACAACAAAAAUUCUUUUCAUAUAAGAAAUUUUAGUGUAAUCGUGGCAGUUAGUCAGUCAGUCGUUUUCUUAUUUAAAUAAAAGUCAACCAACAAGAAACAUGAAUAAAGUCUGAAAGUAUUUUAAUAUUUAUUUUUUUUUAGUUUUAAUAUAAAAUUUUAAUAUAAAAAGUAAAAAAAUGGAAAAAAUUGUCGAGAAAAACGCAAAAAACGAGUGUAAAAUAUUUCUAUUGCAGUACAAUAAUGAAAAAUUAAAUUGGUGGAUUAUUUUUGCUACGGUUUUACUUUUAACCAUUGCUACCCGAUAUUAUAAAGUAACUGAGCCAGACCAUGUGUGUUGGGAUGAAACCCACUUUGGAAAAAUGGGAAGUUGGUAUAUUAAUCGUACAUUUUUCUUUGAUGUACAUCCACCAUUAGGGAAGAUGUUAAUCGGUUUAUCGGGCUAUUUGACUGGCUAUAAUGGAACUUAUCCAUUUGAAAAGCCCGGAGAUAAGUAUAAUGGAACACACUAUGAAGGCAUGCGCUAUGUAAGUAUUUUUUUAAUUUAAAAGUUUAUUGUGAAA